AUGGCCAGCCCCGCGCCCUUAGUAGCCUCCAUCAGCCACCAAAUGGUGGCUCUGCAGACCCUGCAGCUGUUGCAGCAGGAGUGGGGUUGGGGGGACGGUCCAGGCGCCCCCCGGAGCCAGCGCAACCCGGAGCACGUGCCUGCCUCCCCAUCCUGUCCCUCAGGCCCAGUGCGAGCCCGGUCGGGGUCUGGGCGCGAGGAAGAGGCGGUGGGGGUCAGGACGGGGGUCACCGCAGCCCCUGCGAGCUCCACAGAGGCUGAGGCGGUGCGAGGUGCUGAGGGGGGAGCGGAGCUGCUGCCUUUCUCCCGGGCCCGCGGGCCCUGUACCCUGGCUCGGAUGGCGAUGCGCAGCGCGCUGGCCCGCGUGGUGGACUCGACCUCCGAGCUGGUGAGCGUGGAGCAGACGCUGCUGGGCCCUCUACAGCAGGAGCGGGCCUUCCCCAUCCACCUGAAGGAUAGUGUUGAAUUUAGAAACAUCUGCAGUCAUCUGGCUCUACAGAUUGAAGGACAGCAGUUUGACAGAGACUUGAAUGCUGCCCACCAGUGUUUGAAGACAAUAGUCAAGAAGCUGAUUCAAUCGCUUGCUAAUCUUCCCUCGGAUUCACACAUGGUAGCCUGUGCUUCCUUGAGACAGAUCUUACAGAAUCUCCCAGAUGUAUGA